AUGGCCUUCACUCCUGUUGAGUCCGGCGUGGGCGGCAUGCUGAUCGGCAUGUCAGCCGCCCUCGCAUACCUGGGCGACGGGAAGAUCACGGGAAUCAGUGGCAUCGCGGGGCCCUUCUUGCGCGGCAUGGGGCAGUGCGAGCCGAUGAGAGAUGGGCAGUUGUGGAAGGCUCUCUUUCUCUUUGGCCUUCUCUUGGGCGGCCUUGUGAAUUUCCAAUUCAAUGAAGGCUUCGCAUUCCCGGGUGCCUUGGACUUCCCAGUGGGAAGGUACUGCUGGGGCGGUGUCUUCGUUGGCAUCGGCACCAGAGCAGGCCGCGGCUGUACCAGUGGACACGGCAUCUGCGGACUUCCGCGCCUUGCGCCUCGAAGCUGGAUUGCAGUGCCGACGUUCAUGGGUGUAGCUGCUGCAACCGUGGCAGUGACCAGGCAUGCAGCCAAGCUUGAUGCCAGCGGUCCAUGGGGAGUUGCGGAGCUCCAGUGGCCACCCAAGUGGGAGUUCCCUCUUGCGGCAGCUUUGUCCAGCUUGGCACUAGCUGCUCUGGCUUUGUUCUUGCCGUCCAAGCCUCGCAGCUUCGUGUCGCCGCUGGCGUGUGGGAUGAUCUUCGGCUUGGGCCUGGGCGUCUCAGGCAUGACCAGUCAAGCGAAGGUCUUGGACUUCCUGGACUUUGGCGGUACCUGGGAUCCGAGCCUGGCCUUCGUGAUGGGCUUGGGGCUUUGCGUCUCCUUCCCGGCAUUUCUGGUUGCAGAAAACGAGGACAGGAAGCCUCUCUGCGGAGAAGAAUGCAAGUUCGAGCGCCCGUCCAAAACCGGAGACUACGGAUCGCUGGUGCUAGGUGCCACGUUCUUCGGGCUCGGAUGGGGCUUGGUCGGCAUCUGCCCAGGACCUGCGAUUGCCGCCGCAAUUCCAAACGCGGUCGCCGAUGGCUCUCCGGGCCUCUACUUCGGCCUGUGUGUGCUGCUGAUUCUGGUUUCCUGGCUCGUGACGGACCAAGUCAUCACCCAACUGAACUCGCAGCAGCCAACACAAUCGGCAGAAGCAAGAAAGCUCUUGUCGGAUGAGAAGGCCUGA